AUGGCGCCUACUGCCAGCGCUUGGGCGACCCACGUGGAGCUUGCGCAUGAGGCAGCAGGCGAGCCCCUGAAGCUCGGGGGACCACUGGGCUUGGAGGCUCUACCAGACCCGAUCGGCUUGCUAAGGCUGAACCGUGGCGUUCCGGACUGCGUCCGGGCGGCCGCCCGCAGCGAUGAGUUUUGCACUGUAGUGCAGGAGCCUGGAGCGGCGACUGCCUGGGUGCCGCGGCGGGUCUUCUCCAAGGAGCUGGUGCAGUCCGAGGGCGCGGAGGAGGUGAACCCCGGCCAGUCGUGGUGCGCCCUGCGCUUGGAGCCGCGGUCGCCCAGCAGCUUUAGCCUCGCUGGACCGCUGUUCCAGACGCUGGCCGCGGGCUCCGUCCGCGCGCGGCUCCUGUCGGCCUCGGGCCCCGAAGUGAUCCUAAUUCCGGAGUCCGAGCUUCCAGCCGCAGUUGCACUCCUAGUACAAGAGGGCCACGCGUUGUGGCCGUCUACACGCAUUUCUGCACCUGUUUGGCGUGACGUCAGCGCUCGUGAUCCUGUGGCGAAGGAUCUGGCAGGGGUCUGGAGCCUCGUGCAGAGGGAGCAGCCACUGGGUACCACUAUAGCAGAGUACACGGAUGGUGAUGGGCCCUUAAGGCUACAAGCGCCCUCUGGACUUUUCGUGGAGCUCUGCAUUCCUCGAAAAAAAGGCCAGAACGACCUGGAGGCCAGCUUCGGAGGCUAUUGCCACGUGGAGGCGAACGGCCACCAGCUGCAAUACAUGCAGCAACGUAGGAUCGACUUCCAGCCACCUCACGUUGAGGUACCAUCCUUCGUGGUGACCCCCAGUGAGGCCUCCAUUGAAGUCACAGCCAUGGGAGCCAAUCCAUUCCGCGAGCUUUGGGCACGCGUGGGAGCGGCCGGCACAAGGGAGGUGGCCUCCUUGGAGCUGCAGUCGGAAGUCCCAAAGGAUCCCAAGGCCAAGGUGGGCCGUUACGGGCUCUGGGUUUUUAUCGGCAUGCGCUUUGCAAGGAUUCUCGGUCCCUCCCAGGGCCACGGGACCGUUGCCAGUGCCUACUGCCAGUCUCUGGCAAAACUGCGUCAGAUUCGUGGCAAGUCAGCUGUUGACAGAGAGCUCAACGACCUUUACGAAGCUGUCUUUGGCGUUGUCGAGGAGCCUGGCCGCCUGCGGAUAUGCAAGAAGUCCCGGUCCCCCGUUCAGGCAGACACGAUGCUUUACGAUUUUUCGGAUCCUGGCACUGGCAAGAUCAGCGUUGGGUCGGAGACCGUCGUGUUUGAGACCUCGGGCGGGAGGACAGAGACUUGGCGCAUUGUCGACUGGACCUUCGACCCAUUCACGCGUGCGGCCUCUCCUGCACCCUCGCGAGCCACGUCCCUUGCGCCGGACUCGGAGGAAGAGCCUGCAGCCACCUCCAUUGCCGAAGAAGAUGACGAGGAAGAGGGCAUGGAGGUCACAGCCCAGGGCCACGACCCUGACCCUGACCGGGAGCUCACCGACAUCGGCGAACCCUCCGAGGAGCAGGAGCCGGAGCCCGUGGUCGAGGAGAAGCCUGAGAAAAAGAAGAAGGCUAAGCUCAUGGGCCGAGAGGAUGCCGAGGUCGAGCACCCAGUGAAGGCAAAGAAGAAAGAAAAGAAGCAGAAAGACUUCGACGAUGAUGAGGAUGUUCCAGCGGACAAGGAGGAGGAAGAAGGCGAGGGAGACGACGAGGAGGAGGGCGCUGCCAAGAAGAAGAAAAAAAAGAAGAAAAAGAAGCACAAGGACAAGAAAGCCAAGCUAAAAGACAGCCAGUGCGACGAGGAGGAUGCUAGUUGCGAGGACGAGGAAGCGGCGGAGGAGCUCAAAGCCAAGAAGGAGAAGAAGUCCAAGCACAAGAAGGACGGUGAAAAAAAGCAGAAGAAGGAGAAGAAGUCAAAGAAGCUCAAAGCACGGAACGCCUUGGCGCAAGAGGAGGAAGAGGAGGAGGCUCCUGAGGAUCCUGAGUCUGAGCCCGCCGAGGAGCCAUCCGACGAGGAACCCGGCCGGCGUGGGGCUGAGCUCCGCAACAUGCGGCUGCGAGCGCGCGAGGAACGCGAAGUGACGCUCAAAGCCAUGCGAAAAUCUCGUCAGGAGGAGAAUGGUUCGCCGGACGUGCCAGUAAAGAGCAAGGCCAGCAAGACGAAGGCAAAGCUGAAGGAAGCCGAGGAUGUGCGAAAAUCAAAAGAAUUGAAAGACAAGAAACCCAAGGACAAAGUCGCGCCACAAAAGGACAAGGACAAAGACACGAAGAAGACAGCAAAAAGGAAAGUCAGCAGCGAGGAGACCCCUCAGAAGGCACGGAAGGAGGUGGCGAAGAAGAAGCGGGUCUGA